AUGUUUAGUGAGCAACAAAAAAAGCAAAUUUAUGAGAUUCUAACUAACUUGCCCGCUAAAGAAGAAAUUAUUUACUAUCCUCGAGUCAGCAGUGACUAUGUUUUAAAAAAAUUUUAUGAAGAAUUUAAAGUAAUAAAAUUAAACAAUAUGAAAAAGAAGAAAUUAUUACCAGUUCACCCUGGCGAGAUUUUGCGAGAAGAGUUAUUGAUUCCUUUACAAAUAACUCCGGAAGAACUAGCUAAGGAAAUUGAAUUUCCGUUGGAAAAAAUUCAAGAAAUAUGUAAGGAGAGAGAAAAUAUCACUCCGGAUUUAGCUGCUCGUUUAGCUAUCUUUUUUGACAGCACGGCCCAAUUUUGGAUGAAUAUGCAAAGGUCCUAUGAGGAAAAACUUUUAGCUGAUAAGCUUGCGGAGUUGCGAAAGAGUUUGGCUAACGAGUUAGAACUUCCUCCUAAAUCUAAUUGGAAAAAUAUCGAAAAGGUUUUGCGACGAAAGUUAAAAAUUUUGCUUGAUGCUGAGAAAUGGCAAGACUUACAAAUUUUUCCUAAUAACAAACCAGAAAAAUUACGAG